UGGAUCCAGAGGAGGGCUGUGCUGUGUAGGCUGUAGUCUACAUAAGAUCUCCGCCUGCGGGACUUCUGCACUCACACCUUCCAGACGCACUGAUCUUAAUGAGGAAAACAUAAAUCCAGGGGAGUCUUGACGGGUACCUUGGGAUCAUUUCUCUAGCAAAGCCCCCUCCCCCUCUUCCCUUCUCUCAUGACUGACCAUCUCGGACCACGGAUGCAGAGAGCAGCAACAAUGCGGCGGCUCCGCUCUUAACUCGUUGGACCCCCCGCCACCCACUCCCCCCUUUCUCGCUCUUGUUUUUGCCGGUUCUAGCUGAAGGAGGCUGAAUUAAUUCAGGAUGAAGCUCAAACCGAACCAGACCAGGACAUACGAUGGCGAGGGCUUCAAGAAACGAGCAGCGUGUCUGUGCUUCAAGAAUGAACGUGAAGAAGAGGUUCUGCUGGUCAGCAGCAGUCGGCACCCGGACCAGUGGAUCGUCCCCGGAGGAGGGAUGGAGCCCGAGGAGGAGCCGUGUGGUGCGGCGGUGCGAGAGGUGUUUGAGGAGGCUGGUGUGAAGGGCAAGCUAGGACGCCUGCUCGGUGUAUUUGAGCAAAACCAAGAUCGAAAGCACCGGACGUACGUGUAUGUGUUGACUGUGACAGAAACUCUGGAGGCCUGGGAAGACUCGGUCAACAUAGGCCGUAAGCGGGAGUGGUUCACGGUGGACGAGGCCAUCAAAGUGCUGCAGAGCCACAAACCCGUCCACGCCGAGUACCUGCGGAGGCUCCAGCUCAGCUGCUCCCCGACCAACGGUAACUCCAUCCUCCCGAGCCCGCCACCAAACGACAACUACCCCCAUUACAGCGCCACCGCCACCACCACGCCCUCGACGGGGAGCGUGUUGGGCUCCUCCUGCAGAUAGGACUGCACCUAAACCCUCUGUCCUGUCCAGCUUGGACAGUUCACUGAAAGUCUGUACAGUCUUGCAUGAAUCUAAUGACUUCUUUUUUUUUUUUUUUUUUUUUUUUUUUAGGGUUACGGCUCUCUUGUAUGUAUAAUUUCUAGUCUUAGCUGCAGGACAGACCAAAGCCAUUGCCAGGACUGUGUUAAAGACUCACGUGACUGAGCAGGACAAGCUGGUAAAGCUCAUAUCUCUGAGAGAAAAAGACAAACUGUGGAUAUGGCUAACUCAAGAACACCUUUCAUUUGCUGGCAAACACCGGACUGAUGAGCUGAAGUUUGGGAAGAGGAAGCUGCAGACUCUGCUGGUGAAGGAAUGCCUUACAGAAACUUUGUAUGAAUGUUGUAUUUGGGUUGUUUUACUUCACUAACGGUCAUUUUUUUUUUAUUUUCUUUUUAGCAGAAUGGAUAUGCUUUCUAGUUAAUAAAAGGGUAAUUGACCCCAAAGCACGUCCAUGUGGGGAAUGUUUCUAGACUGAAUAAUGUCUUCAUCAUCAACCUAUGAUGAUAACAACCAAAUAUUAUAUAUAUUACAUGGAUCUAACUUUUUUUUAAAAAAAAAAGACACCUGAGCAUUGAUGUUUCAAGAGUCUCCUCUUUUGCAUUUCAAUGUGAAGUGGGAUUUUUUCUUUACAUUAAUCAUUAGUUAACUAAAAUGAUAAAUCCUUCCCCACAUUGCUUUUUCAAAACUACAGAUGUUGGUGUUGAAAAUAAAAGUAACUAACGUGAAAGUUUGUAUUAACAAAUACAAAAAACAAGAGAACAAAAUGAAGUGAAAGUUGCCCUGAUAAAAGCCGUCAGUGAGUUGCUACCUCAGUAAGCCGAAAACUGGAUCCGAGUCAUGACGCUGGUCGAUAUCCUUUGACACAACACUGCUGUGUUUAUAGUUAAACUUCAGCCAAUGCCUCCGAAUUACAAGUCAGCUGACCUUGACUGAUCCAACAGACUGGCCUGUUUUAAAGCCACAUACCUUUCACCACGGCUUGGUGUUUCCCAUGUUGUCAAAGUGAAAGUAUUUAAUGAUGCAAAGGUAUUAUGUGCUGCCUUGAAUCAUGGUUGGGGGGUCGAACGACUUUAUUUCAACAUAAUAUAAAAAAAACACUUUACCUUGAAUGAAAAUAAUGGUGAUUCACUGUUGUCACAGUUUAUAGUGUAUCAUGGUGCUGCAAGGCAAUUUAGUUAAAGCGACCACCAAAUUGAUUUCCAUGUACAGUACGAUUGUGUUUGUUUACCUUCUACAAGUAACUAAGAUUACUUAUUUCUAGGGCUGCAACUAAUGAUUAUAUUCAUGAUUGAUUAAUCUGCCAAUAAUUGUUUUGAUUAAUCUAAUUUAUUGAUGACCGGAAUAAGUGACCUGUAGUGAAAAAUACCCAUCUCAGUUUCUGUCAGUCGACUGAUUGUUUUCAGCUCCGCUUGGAUCUCGUAAAGGUCUGAAGAGUUUGCUUCUCAUAUCAUAAACUCUGCCAGGAAAACAGGUUUUAGUGGUGCAAAAAAUAAAAAGAAAUGCAGCUUUAAUUCUCGUCAUAAUUUACCCCCCCCACCUUGUUUCCUGUCUGCCU